AGUCGAUAAGAAAGCGGCGUUAGCAGAGGGGGCAGAACCACCAGUAUUCUCACAGAGGGCAAUUGAGUCCCAGACCUCUAAGUGGGAUUUCGUUUUUCGAUAUACAUUUCGUGAUUUUUUUUUUUUUCUUAUCAUUCUGUUUCAAAAAUCCGAAAGACGACAGAAGGAAGAAAGGAUCAGAUUUGUUUCUCUCUCUCUGAAGUGCCAAAUUUACGCGUUUGUGAAGGAAAAGGGACCUGUGGCAAGAUGAUGAGGCGCUGGCGAUGGAAUUCGCUUGUUGCUCUUGUACUCGUUGCGGCCCAUCUCGUCGGCCAGCCUGCGGCAGCCUCCAACGACCUAGGGAUGCUAGAGGAGGCACGGGAAGCCCUGAACCACGCGGACGAGGCGCUUACAUCGCUUGAAGAUCUUGUGUUCUCCAUUAUCUCAACGACAACGGUCACAAGUACUACCUCAACGACACCCGAAAACACAUCUUCGACCGCCGGAGGGAGUACGUUGUCGACAUCUGUUCCUGCAUCGUCGACGUCGCCGGCUACGUUUACAACGCCACCUUCUGGGCAGUCUACUACAAGCGUUUCAACUACGAAGGAAACCACCCCUAUACACCCCACAGGAAAUACCACACCAUCUACAGAAUCGACAGGACCUUCAAGCACAGAGAAACCUACAACAACAGGAAAACCCGUAACUACAGAUGGUACAGAACCUCCAAUAACACCGGAGCCUACAACACCAGAUCCUACAACACCUGAGGUAACAACAGAGCCAACACCAACACCAGAGCCUACAACAACAACAGAACCUACAACACCAAAAGUAACAACGCCAGAGCCAACAACACCAGAGCCUACAACAACACCAAUAGUAACAACGCCAGAGUCUACAACACCAGAAGUGACAACAACGCCAGAGCUUACAACAACACUAAAAGUGACAACAACGCCAGAGCCUACAACCCCAGAAGUGACAACAACGCCAGAGCCUACAACAACGCCAGAGCCAACAACACCAAACCCAACACCAGCGCCUGGAACAACGACACCAGAGCCAUCCAACCCGACCAGAGACAUUACUUUGUUCCCUGUGAUCGAACGGCCUCGCCAUCGCCCUCCUCUCUUCUUCCUAGACUUUUACAAAAACAAAGAUAGUACUGAGACCCCUGAAUCGUCAGACUCGAUCUCGGAGAAAUCCACGACCAUUUCAACCCCCGAAGUAUCAUCGACGUCUUCAGAACCACCGACAUCCUCAGAACCACCUACGGCUAUGACCAAGCAGAGUACGACCUCUGGGCAGUCCACGAGCGAGUCGACGACGACUGAGGUGACGACUACUGAAGUGCCUGAUCUGAGACCCUGGUACGAAAAGGUUGACAGCACUGUGGACAACAUCAGGAAUCUGACGUUGGAGAUCCAGGAAGGCUAUCUAGACGACUACCAAGCCGAGAGAUUGGACGUUGAGGCAGGGUUUCUGGAGGCGCUGGUGGCGGAGGGCGAGCAGAACACGAGUCUCGUCCUUGAACUUUCUCCGGAGACGAUACAGCUGGUUCUCAACACGUCCGAAACGGUUCAGGAUGCUACCGAUGACGUUACGGCCGAGAUCGAGGAGAUCUUGGGAAACUUAACGACAGUGAUUAUCGUCUCAGUACUGGUGUCACUGCUGUUCGUGGUUAUCCUUAUUGCAUUGGUGAUCAUUCUCAUCCGACCCUGGAGUGGAGGCUGUGGCAGACCAAGGAAAGAGCUGAGGCCCUCUGCUCGCGACGUGGCACUGGACGAUGAAUUCCCCGACGCAACCUUCAUACACCACAAUGUGGAAGUGUACAGAACCUAUGGUAAUGCAGUCGAAAUGAAGCCGGUUUAGCUAUUUUCUACGGCUUAGUGCUUUUUGUGAUGGAAAGACUUGCAGUAUGAUUGAAACUCUGCCAGAGCAUUUGAGAUACUUUUGAGGAAUGAUAAUUGUCGAAAUAAAGAUUGAUCAUGGGUUGAAGUACUAGCUACUUCUGCAUGUAGUGGCACUGCAUAUAUUCUAGAUAUCACGUCGCUGGUAAUAAAAUGGUAUAUAAACUGAGUAAAGUGAUCUUAGCCAUCAGAGUGGCUCCAUUAGUAACUAGUAUCUAAUAUUACAGUUUAGGCUUAUGCACUUUAAAAAAAAAUUAUACUUUUUCAGCUUUUAAUAAGUACGGUCACACUUACUAUGCAUGAGAUUAAAUUGUGCAUGUCUUAAUUAAUAACUUUUUUAAGUUAUGAAAACACCGCAGAGGACCUGUCCAACUUUCGAGUUUUAAUUCUCUUUAGUCCACAUUAUGUACUAAUUUUAUUAAUAUUGUAAUGCAUUGAUUGCUAAUUUAUUUGUGUAUAUGAAAAUAAAAAAUACUCUUUUAAA